AUGGCUUCAUCCUCCUCCGCCGCCUGGGAUCCCUCCUCUUGGCGCUCAAAGCCCAUGAAGCAAUCGCCCAACUACCCAGACCCAGAGCCUCUCGCCAAAGCAGUUCAGGAACUCUCUGACCUUCCUCCUCUGGUGCAUCCCAAUGAAAUCAUUGCUCUGAAGGCUCAUCUCCGCGAUGUCGCACAAGGCAACGCUUUUCUUCUCCAGGGCGGCGACUGCGCAGAGCUCUUUGACUACUGCCGCCAGGGCCCUAUCGAGAGCAAGAUCAAGCUGCUAUUGCAAAUGAGUGUCGUUCUCAUCUGGGGAACCAACAAGCGAGUUGUGCGCAUUGGUCGAAUGGCUGGACAGUAUGCGAAGCCACGAUCAAGCCCUACUGAGAUGGUCGAUGGAAAGGAAGUUCCCAGUUUCAAGGGCGACAUCAUCAACGGCUUCCGUCUCGAGGAUCGUGAGAUUGACCCCAACCGCCUUGUUAAAGCCUACCACCACUCUGCUGCAACCCUGAACUACAUCCGUGCCGCUCUCGCCUCGGGUAUCGCUGAUCUCCAUCGGCCGCUUGACUGGGGCCUUGGCCAUGUGCGGGACCCGGAGCUCAAGGAGAAGUACUCAGCUAUUGCUUCGAGCAUUCAGCAGACACUGCGCUUCCUCCAGGUCAUUAACGCUCGACCUGGUGAGCUCGACUCUGUUGAGCUCUUCACUAGUCAUGAGGGUCUUUUGCUUGAUUAUGAGCAGCCUCUGACUCGUCUGCUUGACAAGCCUACGGCCCGGACUGUGAGCCCCACGCCUCCGGGUAGCGACGGCGAGAAGAAGGAAUACUACGACACUUCUGCUCACUUCAUCUGGAUUGGCGAUCGCACACGCCAGAUUGACCAUGCCCACGUCGAGUUCUUCCGUGGCAUUGCCAACCCCAUUGGCAUAAAGGUUGGUCCUACAACGCCGGCCUCAGACCUCCUCUCUCUUCUCCGCACCCUAAACCCAUCUUGCGAGCCCGGCAAGAUCACCCUCAUCACACGCUACGGCGCCGCCAAAGUGGGCGAUCUCCUACCCACGCACAUCCGUGCUGUAGAAGACUCAGAGUACCGUCGCACUGUUGUCUGGCAAUGCGACCCUAUGCACGGCAACACGCUGUCCACACCCACAGGCAUCAAGACACGUCGUUUCGGCGACAUCUACCGUGAGCUUCAAGAGACACUGCGCAUCCAUAAGGAGCAGGGCAGCAAUCUUGGCGGUAUGCACCUUGAGCUCACUGGUGAUGCUGUUACAGAGUGCUUGGGUGGUAGCGAGGACUUGGGCGAGGAUGAUUUGUCGACAAACUACACUAGUUUCUGCGACCCGAGACUCAACGAGAAGCAGGCUCUUGAGCUGGCAUUCUUGGUGGCUGAUCACUUCUCGAGAGAAGAAAAGGCGGUAUGA